AUGAGAUGUGUUACUUCGUUUCUAGUUUUGUGUAUUCUCAUGUUCCUUGUUUUGAACAAUGUUAAAGCCGUAGAUGUGAAAGCACAAAAAAAAGAAAGAUUGAAACCUCUGUGUAAAAUAACUGGUUGGGCAACUCCUGUAAAAUGUCCAGCAUCUGUCCGUGAUGCGAGCGACAUGUGUUAUCGCAGUAUGCACUCAAGAGAUCGGACAUAUAAGAGAUGCGACUGUAACAACAUUAAACUGCGAGGCAAAGACGCACAUCAAUGCACAUGUUAUAUGAAACUCCCUUGCAACCAACCAUAG